AUGAACCCAAGAGAAACUGAAGCUAUCGGCUAUGUCGAGGAGCACAAGCUCCAGCCACUCAUGCAGCAGCUGAUUGAAUUGACGACUUAUCAUCAGCCUGGAGAUCCAAGAGCAUUUAUGAUCGAGCAGCUCAAGCACCUGAUUUCUGCAAGAGAAAGCGGAACGGAACCUCCAACUCUCCUUGAAGCCAACAACUUUGCCGCUAUUUUCGGCCUCAUCGAUAUUACUGGUCGUGGAACCGUUUCAAAGGCAGAAGCCCAGUCAGCCCUGCGCAAAGUCGGCAUCGAAGCAGACCUUUUCGAAUCGGAACUGAUCACACGUGACCACUUCGUCAAAGCAGCAGAAGCCGAAUACAAAAAGCUCAAUAUCACCUUCAAGAACUGA